AAGGCUCACCUGAAGUAAACAAGGCCCAUGCAAGAGUACUCUCUCGGAAUAAUAUAUGUUUAGUUCGUCUUAGUUUGCAUGACGCUGAAACAAUGAAGUGCAUUGUACCAGGGGUUAAUAUUAAAGUUUUUGGAAGAGUUAUGCACUCAAUGGCAAAAAUUGGCGAUGAAUUAUAUGUUGAACCAGAUUCUACAGGAGUUAUCUUCCGCACUGUCAACUCAUCUCGGUCAGCAUUUGCUUCAUUUCAUUUUGGCAGCGGGUUCUUCACUCAUUUUGAUGAGGGUUUAGGCGGGCAACAGUCAAAUGCAGGAGAUGAGAUAGUCAAGUGUAAAGUUGCUAUGAAGGCUUUUAUAAAUGUGCUCAAGUCAAUUGCUGUUUUGGAAAAGACUGUGGAACGAUGCAAACUGACACUAGAUGGAGACGAUGCCAAGUUAGGGCUUCAGCUAACAUGUCGUCAUGGAAUUGUUAAGUCGUGCAGUUUACCCUUUAUUGAGUGCGAAACUUUACAAGCUGUGUAUGACAAGACUUCAUGCACAAACCACAUCCAAAGUCAAUCUCGGGUUCUGAGUGACGCUGUCCUCAACUUCCAGCUUAACCAGGAGGAAGUUACCCUUUGUGUCUCGCCUGAGAAAACUGUUCUUAGGAACUAUGUUGAUGAUGAGCCUGACCCUGGCAAGGCAAUUCACACAAUGCUUACACUGGAAUCAGGAGAGUUUGAUGAUUACAAUAUUUCCAGUGAAUGUGAGGUAACAUUUUGCCUCAAAGAACUAAGAGCCAUUCUUGCAUUUGCUGAGCCAGUGAAUCUUCCCAUUUCAUCACAUUUUUCUGAACCAGGAAGCCCCAUGAUAUUCAGCAUUGACAACAGUCCCAUGUUUGAAGGAACAUUUGUCUUAGCAACCCUGUCUCAGAAGCCAGAUACACAGAUCUCAGGAAGCCACACUUCUGGCAAGCGUAUCACUCAGCCAGUACGCAAAAAACAAGCUCCUGAGUCGCCCUCAUGCUCACAAACCCCUGCCAUGAAUAGGAUAACGCAGUCCAUUAACGAUUCAAUUCAAGUUGAACAAGUUAAUAAUAUUUCCAAUGGAAAGAGAGGAAACUUAUCCUCGCCUUGCAAGUCUACAGGUCUCAGAAAACCAAGUACUCCACUCCGUAAUGUGGCUGCACCACAUUUAUCAUCAAUGCAACCCAGAGAUACUAGUAACAUGAAUGGAAAUACAUCCCAACUUGAGAUAUCUCUACCAAAUUUAGAUGUAAAAAAUACGGUUGCAGAGGAGGAGGAGGAGGAUAUUGUUCCUGGAACUCCACCCUCUAAGAAGUUAAAAUUUCUUUUCCGUCGCUGCUUUGAGUCUACAUUUGACCCUCAGACAAUUCCUGGACAUAAUAAUAUUUUAGCAGGAGACUCAGAUGAUGACUCAUGAGUCAAAUUUCUUCUUUAUUGGUGGCAAUUCGUGAGUUUAAACUGCUAGAAGGGAUUUUUGUUUCUGAGGCUAAGCAUUGUUAUGUAUGCAUUUUGUAAAGAAAGUGUAGUUAUGAAUUAAUGAAUAUAUAUUGAACAACUGCUUGCUGUUUUACUUGUAAAAGCAGAUUGAAUGGCAAGGAUAACAGUCCCAGAAAGAAAAAUUUUGUUUGACAAUGACUAAGUCCAAAGUAAAGAUAACUAUGCAUAUGUGAUUAGAGUUUAAACUGCUAGAAGGGAUUUUUGUUUCUGAGGCUAAGCAUUGUUAUGUAUGCAUUUUGUAAAGAAAGUGUAGUUAUGAAUUAAUGAAUAUAUAUUGAACAACUGCUUGCUGUUUUACUUGUAAAAGCAGAUUGAAUGGCAAGGAUAACAGUCCCAGAAAGAAAAAUUUUGUUUGACAAUGACUAAGUCCAAAGUAAAGAUAACUAUGCAUAUGUGAUUAGAUGGAGAACCCUCUGUUAGCCAACUUAGAGAAAACUGCAUUGAUUUUAUAAUGUUAAGAUCAGAUAGAUGAGAAGUUGAAUCCUCCUCACACCUGAGGAAACUUAAUUUGUUUACAUCUUCUAGGAGAAAUGUAUACAUUGUGCCGUACGGUACUUUAAAUUGAUUAAGAAACCGGUGCAGUUAGAACAAAGGUAAUUAUUUUUUUUGGUUCCAUUAUUAGUUGAUUGGUAUUGCUCUUUUUUUUCAUUUAGUGACAUUGUAAGUUAUUGAAAUUACAGUAUAUUUGUUUUUAUUAUGCACUACUGUGUUUCUCAGUUAGUAUAUUUUUACAUAGUAAUGCAAAUAUUGACAAUUCUCAUGUAUAGAUGAUUUUAAAAUGCUGUAUAAAGGUGCGUCUUGUUGCAAAAGUAAUAUUUUCCUUUGACUUACAAAUUUUUAACUGUCAAAUAUAAUUAUACUGACAUACUUACUAUGUAAUGUACAGCAUUUGGUAAAAUCCAUAGCAAGCUAAAAUAAAUAAAGUAGCUCUCAUAUAAUUAAAACAAAAAGUUACAAUUUCAUAAAACAGGAAUGUGUAAUUGGUUAGAUUUUAAUUUUGAUUUUGAUUAAUUCUUCUACGAUUUUACCAGACCAUACCACUACCGAAGUUUUAGACAAGAUAGACCUGUCAUAGAUAAUCUUCACUGUGCAAUCAGGUGAGUAAAUGGCUUGAGAGAAUGCAUGAGUAUGCCACACAGCCAACAGCCAUAUGUCUCACUUGUGGCAAGACAAGGCAAUUAUCAGGAGAAUUAGCACUAAACCUGUAUAGCACUUGGAAAAAAUAUGAGGAUAAGGAUUUAGGAUUGGAUGGAAGAAAGGAAGGAUUCCCAACCACUUGGACAGUCCGGGGAUUGAAUAGCAACCUGCUUGAAGCGAGACCGUAACUUCUCUGUUCAGUUAUUGUUAAUCCUUUUGUUUGUUCAGUGAAAAGAAGUCCUUACAUAUUCUCUAUUUUUGUGUGUGUGUGUGUUUAUGUGCAUUUAAGUGUGUGUGAGAUUAUGUAUGUACUGUGUACUUAACAUUUUAUGGGAACUGAACCUCAACUUCUGGGUGUCUUUCCAACUGCCUGUUGUCUAAUGGAAAGACUCAUUCUUGUAUUUCUUGUUUAUAUCUGCUUUUAAAAAUAUGGAUGGAGAUAAGGUAAUUAUCAGGAUAACGUGUUAUGCCAUAACUGCUAAUUAUGACUAUAUAGCAGUUAUUGAUAGAAUUAAUUUCGGUUAUUUCUAGUUCUAAUUCAUUUCACUUGCACACUGCCCUCACAUUGAUGAAAGUGUUUACUGACAUUAAUAAGUUAAUAUUUUUCACUUUGAUGCAUUUCCUCUCGUUCUGCUUUUGCUCAUUAUAAACACACUUGAUCGACUCCCUUUAAUACAGUAUUUUACACAUCUUAUCCAUGACCCACCUAGCUCCUAUUUCUUCACGUAAGAAUAUUUGCAUAUGUCUGUAAUCCCUUAACUUUAUGUUUGUAUUCACUCAUUAGUUAUUUGCAGGGAACAAGGCUUGGUGCCUUCUUUUGACAGUUACUUAGUUGUAGGGAAUAACUUCUAGCUCAUGAUUACAAACUCUUUAGCCAUUAAUUGGCUCAAGUAAUGUAUAAGUUUCCCGUGGGUUUUGUCAUAUUUCCAUUCUAAUCCACUUGUGGGCAGUUGUCAACACUGCUUCUACUCCUAGUUCAUUACAUUUAUUGCCGUCACAUUGAAGAAGUUUCAUUUUAUAUCUGGAUUAUUUGGGUGGUCAUUUUCAAUUUCUCUCUCCUUGUCCUGGUCCCUUUCUUUUGAAUAAUGUGUUUAUUCACUUUGUUGAUGCCCCAGAAUUGAUUUGUUUUUCCACUAAUGAGAGAUUUUGUUCUUUCAGCUUACCCAAUAUAAUUCAGUAUAGAGUGUCAUGUAAAACAUCUGUGCUUUUCUCUAAGUUUUCGUGUGUGUACUUUAGGGGUUGGGUCCCGUCUGGUACUGCAACUCAAAUAUUGGUCUUUGGUAUAUUAUGUGUGGUACACAGAAAUUACUGAAGGCUGUUCUUAAUAUCCAUGUCCUUUCACUUUGCACGUAAUAGUUAUUUCCCUCUCACAUGUCACUAGACCAUCAGUUCCCUUUUGUUAUGCUCACAUCCUGAUUACUUUGGAUUUGUUUGAACUCCAGUUGCCACUUACUAGACAAGUCUGGCAUCCUGCACAUGUACCCCAUUGUGAGUGCUCAUGUGAGAGUUCACCUGUGUGAGUCAUCAUGUACAAGUGUACAUUUGUUCCUGUGUCUACUAAUACAGGGUGUAACAUAGAUAGUUUUGAGUGAAGUGUAUAGGUUAGAAUUUUUGAUAGUCUUCAUACCUUAAUAAUAAUAAUGAUCUAGCACAAUGCAUUACACAAAAAAUUAAUGGUAAUGCCCCUAUCUAUAAAUUAUAUUUAAGCUAAAUAUUGUGUUAUCCCAAAAAUUAGGUACAUUAUAAAUACUGACAUGUUUUUGUUCGAAUUUGCAGAGUUGUUGAUGUGUCAGUAUAUUUUGAAUACGAUACCAGAAGUAUUAUAGUAUUAUAUUCUUGUGUUUCUCAAGGUAAAUUUCUUCAAAUGUCCUUAAAAGUGAGAAAAAAAUUCUAAUGAUAAUGAUGGUUUUGUAAAUGUAAUACAUAUUACAACACUGUAUGGUCAAAGCAAAAUUGCACCAUUUCAGUAUCGUUUAGCUUUACAACAUAUUUUGCCCCUUUAUUUUGUUUUCGGUAAUACUUUAGAGGUAGGGGGCUUAGUUGGCCAUACUGGGAAGGCAUGGGAGUAACUGUUAAGAUCUCCUUUCAUAGCUUCACUCACAUUGUAAGAGCCUCUUGGGCAUUUUGAUUUUUGUCUACCUCUCUUAACCUUCGUAUUGGCUUUGUUCAACGAAUGCUGUUUUUGUAUUCUUUGUGUUGUUUUGUCUGCCGUGCCUUUCUGUCGUCUCUCUUUUCUUGUCAGCUGUUUCAUGUCUUUAUCUGCAGAGUGUGUUCUUAGUUUCUUUUCACACUUAUGUUUCUCAGAAUAAGUGAAUGGCAACUACUUCAGUUGCAUAGUAACAGUCGAGUGUGUAGAGUUUACUGAAAAUUGUUUCAGGUGCUUUUGAAAAUCUUUAGCAUUUGAAAUGUUUACAAAAAAAUUUAUGUAUUGUACCAUCCAUUGAAAGUUCUAGAAAUGAAUUGGUGAUCUAAGUAGUUUUAUAAGCACCAUAACUUUGAACCAUUUUGUAUAUUUUGGAGAAGUUGUCUCACCUUCCUGUGUCAAUAGGAUGUGUAUAGCUAACUUGAAAUAGCAAAAUUGUAGGCUAAAUCCUAAAAUUGGGUUUUUAGUCUUUAUAUUUGCUCAUAAUGGACCUCUAGCAUAAAAAUAUAAAAAGGUGUGUAAUAUUGCUUUCCUCAACGAACACAAAUUUAUCUGUGAUAUCAAUUUUAAGCAUUCAAGAAUUGACAAAUUUUUCAAAUGUACAGUGUAUAUUUUUACAUAUAAAAAAAAUUUCAUACUGUA